UAGCAAUUUUACAAUGUGCAAAAAAUGGGACUGUAUUGCGGUGAGGAAUACCAUAGCAUUUUGGAUUUUUGGCUUGUGCAACAACUACGGAUAUGUAGUCAUGCUAAGUGCAGCUGUAGAUAUCUUAAGCGUACAACAAGGAGACAACGAAAGCGAACCAACUAACAAUUGUGAGGAGCACAUAACAGAACGUCAUUGCACUACUAUAUCUACCGGUGCUGUAUUGGUGGCUGACUGCCUUCCAGCCUUUUUUGUUGGUCUCAUAUUUCCUUUCUUUAUGCAUAGAAUACCUUUCGUUUUCCGUCAUGUAUUGGUUUGUAUUCUGCAAACAGCUAGUUACCUUAUGGUCGCUUUUUCCACGAAUGUGCCUAUGUCCCUGGUUGGUGUAUGCUUUGCUUCCAUUGGAUGUGGUCUUGGAGAAAUCAGUUGCUUGGCGCUGACAUCGCACUAUCCAACGUUAGCGCUUGCAGCGUGGUCUUCUGGCACAGGUGCUGCAGGCUUAUUUGGAUCUUUUGUUUAUGCCUUUCUGACAGACAAAUCAAUGGGUAAACUAAAGCCUAAAGUUGCUUUGCUUAUUCAGCUAUUUAUUCCUAUCUUGUUCGUACUGGCAUACUUUUGUAUUCUCGUAGUACCCAAGACCGUUCACCGACCAGGUUGCAACCCUAAAACAUGGAUUGUUCCAUCAAAAGCCAGUGAUGCUCGACUACAAGAAACUGAGACAAAAUCCUUUAAAGAGAAUGAAGACGGAGUAGAAGUUGCACAGGCGAAAGGAGAUGUCACAUUCAAGAAAAUGACGUUUAUAGAAAAACUGCGACAGAUUGUCCCCCUACUUCACCUUAUGGUACCAUUGUCACUUGUCUACGUCGCAGAAUAUCUCAUAAAUCAAGGAGUGAAUCAGCUUAUAAUCUUCAACUGUUAUGAGGGGUUCAACUUGACCUUAGGUGCUCAAUAUCGGUGGUAUCAGGUGCUUUACCAACUUGGCGUGUUCAUUUCACGUUCCUCGAUCAAAAUUUUAGAACUGCCAGUUUGGUUGAUUUAUUUGCUUCCUGUCUUCCAGACCUGUAACUUUGUGUUCUUCCUAUUCCAAGCCAUAUACUGGUUCGUACCGAGCAUAGGAAUAAUGUUUGCUCUCAUAGUCAUUGAGGGACUGUUAGGAGGCUCAUCUUACGUUAAUACUUUCAACGUAAUACACAAGACGGUGGCUGCUGAUGUGCGAGAAUACUGUAUGGCAGUCGCUAAUGUAGGAAAUUCUUUGGGAAUAGCAUUUGCUGGAUUCAUGUCGAUACCUUUACACAAUUUCAUUUGCCGCCAGCCAAUGCCUACAGUACGCUAAGUGAUUCGUGUACCAUAUAAAGAUUUAUAUCACCGACAUGUUUGAAUAAAAUAAAAUAAUAUUCUAGG